UCUGUACCUCCUUCUGCAUCUUCUCCACUCUCCCUCCUAGCCCCUUCUCCUUACAUUCAACUUGUUUCCUCCGUCUCCUCCUUCCUCCCUCUGCUCUGUCCCUCUCCUCCUCUGUUGUCGCUGCCAUUGCUGCUCUGCCUGCCUCACCCUACAUCCCUCCCUUCCAACUAAAGCUCCCCUCCCUCCCUCCCUCCCUCCUUCCUCCUGCUGUUGGAGAGCUUCAGAGCUGCCCGGCGUACGCCUGCACAUAGCAUAACACACUUCCUCUGCCGUGUGGCUAAAACAUGUCAACUGUUCUGGACCUGGAGCAGAUUUCAUUCACUGGGAAUGAAGUGGAGCACGACAUCGAGACGCCACACGGCGUUCUCCAUGUGACGAUGAGAGGCGUUCCCAAGGGCAACAGACCUGUCAUCCUCACCUAUCACGACAUCGGCCUCAACCACAAGUCCUGCUUCAACACCCUGUUCAACUAUGAGGACAUGCAGGAGAUCACCCAGCACUUCGCCGUGGUUCACGUGGACGCCCCCGGUCAGCAGGAGGGGGCUCCUCCCUUCCCCACCGGAUACCGUUACCCGACCAUGGACGAGCUGGCUGAAAUGCUGCCCUCUGUGAUGACUCAUCUGAAGGUGACCAGCGUGAUCGGCAUCGGUGUGGGAGCAGGAGCCUACAUCCUUACCCGCUUCGCACUGAACAACCCCAGCCUUGUGGAGGGACUGGUUCUGAUCGACGUUGACUCGUGUGCUGAAGGCUGGAUUGACUGGGCUGCUUCAAAGCUGUCUGGAUGGGCCAGUAACCUGGUGGAUGUCAUCAUGGCUCACCACUUCAGCACCGAUGAGCUGACAGAGAACCAGGAGCUGAUCCAGACCUACCGCCUCCACAUCGCCCAAGACAUCAACCAGAACAACCUGGCCCUGUUUUGUACCUCAUACCAAUACCGUCGAGACCUUGAAAUCGAGAGGCCCAWUGUCGGACAGAAUGAGGACACGGUUAACACACUCACCUGUCCAGCCCUGCUGGUGGUCGGUGACACAUCACCUGCCGUCGAGGCUGUGGUGGAGUGCAAUUCCAGAUUAAAYCCCACCAAGACUACUUUGUUAAAGAUGGCUGAUUGUGGAGGUUUGCCUCAAGUCGUGCAGCCUGGGAAGCUUGCAGAGGCAUUCAAGUACUUUGUUCAGGGCAUGGGAUAUAUUCCCUACGUUCUUCUCAGUCACCUGAGCAACGAAUCAGUGCCGGCAGCAGGAAUGACUCGCCUGGCUCGCUCUCGCACCACCUCCUCCUCCAGCAUCACCUCCAUGGAGAGCAGCCGCAGCCGCAACAACAUCAGCAGUCUGCUGGAGGGCGGCGGCAGCCAGACCGGACCCCAAACCAUGGAGAGCACCUCAAAGCCAGGGGGCCUGUGCGAUUAGAAAGGAGGAUCUAAGAAGUCUAUUAACAGAUGCAUAUGAUAAAAUAUAUUAUCUACUGUUUAAGUUGCAUUACUAACAGAAACUAUAACUACAUGCAGAUAUUGUAUAUUUAAAUGGUUAGAGAUUGACUCAACUGUCUAAUCUUGUAUUUAUUUUUAUUUUCACUCAUCACACAUUUCAGAAAUCCUGUGUUCAAACUGUUUUGUUUUUGUUUGUUUGUUUUUACUUCUACAUGCUGGCUCUGCUUGUUGUGAGUCAUUUAUUAUUUUGUUUUUCAAACCCACAGCAGCACAAUUAGGUAUGAAGAGGGUUCACAACAUCUGAAGUGAGGCAAACGACACAACAACGUAGCAUUAGUGUAGCACGGUGAAGCCAAGGGAAAUCCUCGUAGAAAGCUGUUUUUGUCCUCCUGUAACACUCGGACUCAAAUGUUUUGAGCACUCCUUUAAAAAAAAACGUUCAACAUUUUCUCUCUAGAUUUGGACUUUUAUUUUAUUUAAAUUUUCAAAAUAAAGAGCAAAUAAAACGUUUGCUUGAUGAACAAAAAGCAUAAAAAAUAGAUGGAAAUAAAACUAAAGUUAAAUUUAAGCACAGAAACAAAUAGAUAGUAGCCAAAUAUUAUCACAGUAUUAAAAGCUGCAAUAAUUCCCUGUUUUAAAAAAAAAAGUUCAAUUUGUUUCCAAAUUGGCAGAAAUAGAUCAUCUUUAUCAGCAGGAGCUGAUGUCAUUUCAUCACAGUAUUAGGAGCUUAAUGUUUUAUUUCUCACUGRUGCUGUUUCUAAAAGUGAUUUGUCUGCUUUGUAAUAAUCACCAGGCUUGUUUCUGUUUGAAACUUUACACUUCAGUCAUGUAAGGUAAACAACGAGCAGUUUUAUUAAACUUCAUCCUUUCAGCUGUCAGUUUUCAGACGGCAGAGAUCUUCCAUCGUUUUUGUUUUAAAACAGCUUUUCGUUCUUUUCACCCUGCUUGUCACGGUGCUGAGUGUCCCGCUCUAAUUCUCACUCUGACCGGUCAUCCCUGAUUUAAAAUGACAUCUCCAGGUGGUAAAGUUUUCCUUCAUGAAGGAGAUSAAAUGAUUUCCCUCUUUGCUUCUGUCCCGGUCACGUCCCAGAUGAACUAAAGUGAAAUAUAAACAGGAGUGGUCUCACACACACACCUGUAAUGACCCCACUCUCUGCUUUAGGGUUUGUGCUCCACAGUUUAAAAACCACUGCCCUAUGUGCUUUUAUUUAUUUUUUUUAAUUAUUUUUUUUUUCAAUAUAAUUGAACUUGCCGUAUUUCUUUCCUUUUGCGUCAUGUUGAUGUUUGUGUUCGGCUGAAUCGAUUUACUCAGUGAUGUUUUGACCACCUUGGAAUCUGAUGUGAAAUGUUUAACAGCGCUGCUCACUGUCUGCUGAUUCAGCUCAUUUCUGUUACUGCUGAAUAAAGCUCUGAAUAGAGAGAA